AUGGUUGGACGACUCCAAGGCAAGAACGCCAUCAUCACCGGCGCUGGAGGUGGCAUUGGUCUCCAAACUGCCAUCCUCAUGCUUCGUGAAGGAGCAUCUGUCCUCAUGACUGAUGUAAAAGCAUCGGCACUCGAAAAGGCAUUCGAAACUGCUAAAACACACGCUCCCGAUCGCACCGGGAAAGUCGAUCGAAGAGUGCUCGAUGUGACGAAAGAGUCUGACGUCGAAGAGGCAGUCCAUGCUUUGGAUGCCUGGGGCGGUAUCGACGUAAUAUUCAACAAUGCUGGUAUCAUGCACCCCAAAGACGGAGACGCUGAGGAGGUGGAUGACGCAGUUUGGGAUCUGACCCAGAACAUCAACGUCAAGGGGGUGUGGUAUGGGCCGAAACAUGCAGUCAGGAGCUUGAGGAAGCACAAGAAGACUCGUGGAAGGAUCAUCAACACCGCCAGCAUGGUUGCGCUAGUAGGUGCCGCCACACCUCAGUUGGCGUACACCGCUAGCAAAGGGGCGGUGCUGGCACUGACCCGCGAGCUUGCCAUCGUCCACGCUCGGGAAGGUUUCCGCUUUAACUCGUUGUGCCCAGCGCCCCUGAACACCCCGAUGUUGCAGGACUUCUUGGGAGACGACCAGGCGAAGCGCUUUAGGCGCGAGGUGCAUUUCCCGACGGGCCGGUUUGGCGAAGCAAUCGAGCAGGCGCAAGCCGUGAUCUUCCUAGCAAGCGACGAGAGCAGCUUCGUUAAUGCUACCGACUUUGUCGUAGAUGGGGGCUUAACAAAAGCGUAUGUGACGCCAGAAGGCCCGUCAACGCAGCCGCCUCAGAACAUUGGAUAG